UACAUGUCUUCUAACCAAUAAACCCAAUCGAUCGACACGAAUCGAUUGAAUUUAAUAAGACAAGACAUGGGCUCCAUAAAAAGAUUUUUCAUAAAAUCGUCCUUGGCACGGUUACUCGCUUAAAAUGUAUCGUAUUCUUUUUUUAUCUUACAUCGUCAUGCUGAUGAUCGGUAAGCUCGACUGUGAACGGGUUCGAAGAACUCCAAUCGAAUCGAAACAUAGGGAUGUUCGAUUAGUUGAAAAUGGUCCAUCUUGUCAUGCGAAAAGCGCGAAAAAAACUAUCGAGAAAGCUAGCAGCAUUGCUCAGAAAGCUGCAGAGGAAGCUAAAGCUGCCUCAGAAGCUCAAAAUAUGGCUGGUCAGCAGGCAGCACGUCAAGUAAAAGCACAAUUGGCAGAGAAGGCAUUGCAAGCUGCAAGAGCUGCUGAGGCAGCAUUGUCGGGGAAAGAAGCAAUGGUUCAGCAAUUAGAAGAAGAAGUGAAGGAAUCUCAAACAGUCGUUCAAGAAGAAAUGGAGUCUCUACAGCAAGCGAAAUCUAACAUUAACGCUGCCAUCGAAGCUGCCAAAGAGUCACAAGAUCAGGUGAAAAUACUCACACGCGCGAUGCAAACGGCGAAGGGAAACGCAGCGAAUUCCAGAUUGGCGGCUGACGGUGCCCAAAAGUCAUUACAUGAGAAGGAAGAAUUACUCGAGGCGGCAAAGAGACGUCUCGAAGAACUGACCAACGAAUUACGAAUUGCUAAGCGAGAUUUAGCAAAUACAAAUCAUGCUGCAGCCCAAGCAAACGAGGCAGCUCACGAAGCGAAGGCCAAUGCAAAUCGCAACAAAAGGAAGUCGUUGUUACGCUCGAGAUCCUCCGAGAAUUCAAACCGGAAGUAUCGACAAACUGGAAAAAAUAAAAUAGAAAGGAGAAGAAGAAGAAGAAGAAGAAGAAGAAGAAGGAGAAGGAAGUUAACUUGAACGCGAAGUGACGUUUCUUUUCCUUUUCUGAAAUCCCUAAUAUAGAUUAUAGAUAAAAAGAGCACUACAUUUAGUUUCUAAUUGCCACUGC